UGGCUUCCACCAGAGUUGAUGCUCCUUUGCGAUGCUACUGUUCUCGGCGGAGGAUAAUUGACAGAAGCAUGAGAAGCCUGAAGCAGAUUGUUUUUGUUUAAAGACAAUAUUGCUUGAAUUUUCCCUCACUUUGAUGUUCUGAGGCAUUUGAUAUAUUUUGUACAUAAACACAGAAGAUCAAUAAUUAGUGGACAGUGGCAGGCCAACAUAUUACUCAUUUUCCAGAAGACAUGGCUCUGACAGUUGAAACGGAAUCUCAGAUUUACCACUCUCUCAGGACUGUAUUUGGUGCAGUUGCACACCUGGUUUCUCUUGGAUUCACCAUAGUCAUGGUGGUGCUCACCAGACCUGGAUCAAGUCUGUUCUCCUGGCAUCCUUUCUUAAUGUCUCUUGCGUUUUCUUUCCUCAUGACAGAGGCCCUGCUGACUUUCUCUCCAGAGAGCAGCCUGCUCCGGUCCUUCUCCCGCAAGGCCAAAGUCCGCUUCCACUGGGCUUUACAGCUGCUUGCUCUUAUCUGUGCAUUGCUGGGAUUUGCCAUUAUCAGCUAUAACAAGUACCUCAAUGGGAAAGAGCACUUUGUCACCUGGCACAGCCAGACUGGCUUGCUGACAGUGGUAUAUGCUAGUCUGCAGUGCAUGGGUGGGCUUGUCCUGCUCUAUCCCAAGCUGAUGAAGAACUGGACCCUGAGCAAACUGAAACUGUACCAUGCCACAUCAGGGCUUAUUGGGUAUCUACUUGGUUGUGCCAGCUUGAUGCUGGGCAUGUGUUCCCUGUGGUUUUCUACAACUGUGACUGGAAUCUCUUGGUAUCUAAUUAUGUUGUGCCCUAUUCUCACCAGUUUGGUUAUCAUGAACCAAGUGAGCAAUGCCUAUCUCUACCGUAAAAGAAUCCAGCCUUGAAAACAGUCUUAAAACAAGACAUCUGUGUGGGAUCGCAGAAGCAUUUCUGCAUUAUCUGGAAGGAAUCCAUAACUAUGUACAGGAAUACUGGAACACAAGAAUCUCUUUCUACCUGCCUCUAACUUUGUAUGGAUUUUUUAUUGCUUCA